AUGUCCAACCCGCCCUUCACGGUCCGAGCGGUCUUCGAGUAUACUUCGGGCCACGAUGACGACCUCAGCUUUCCAAUCGGCCAAGUAAUUACCGUUACUGACGUGGAAGAUGCUGAAUGGUACUCUGGUGAAUACACGGACAGCGCGGGGGCUAAACACGAGGGCAUCUUCCCCAAAAACUUCGUCGAGAAGUACGACCCUCCGGCUCCGCCUCGCCCCAACCGCCCAAGCAGAGCAAAGAAAGAUUCCGGACCUGCUCCUGCUGAGUCUCCUGCGGCGGUCCCCGAAACCCUGCCGGAGCCGGAGCCCGAGGUUGCAGCUGCGGAGCAGGAGCUGGAGCCGGAGCCGAUUUCUCAGCAACUUCCUCCUCAAUCGCCUCAAUUAUCGAGCCCAUCUGUAGAGGUCCCUUCAUCACCUCCUCAACCUGCGCCAGCGCCGGCUCCAGUUUCGGCACCUGCGGCUGCGGCAUCCGCUCCAGCCCCGCCCCCGGUCAAGGCAUCCAAACCCCCACCCCCGGCUGUGGGAGAGAAGCCUUCAGGUUCUUCAUUUAAAGAUCGAAUCGCAGCUUUCAACAAACCAGCAGCGGCACCAGUUCAGCCCUUCAAGCCUGGAGGUUCCCAGCCGUCUUCCUUUAUUAAGAAACAAUUCGUUGCCCCGCCUCCCAGCAAAGAUUCCUACGUGGCACCACCUAGAGAGCCUGCUCCAAAGAUUUACAGGCGCGAGGAAGAUCCGGAAGUGAAGGAGCAGCUCGCCCGUGAGCCCCCCCUAUCUGAAAGCCGUCCGGCUCCUCCUCCACCUCCCUCGCAAGAUACUGAAGAGGCUGGUGAGGAUCAGCCUAAGCCUACUAGCCUGAAAGACCGAAUUGCCCUUCUCCAGAAGCAGCAAUUAGAACAAGCUCAGCGCCAUGCAGAAGCAGUUCAAAAGAAGGAGAAGCCCAAGCCCCCCAAGAAGCCUAUCGAGCAGCCUACUGAAGCUGCGGCGUCCACGGAAAAUAUUGGCGAUGCAGGGUCUGAGCCUGUUGAACCCUCAACAGGGGCACGGGACCCAAGCGUUGACACAUUAAGAGCCAAGAUCCCCCCUCCCCAGCCUGCUCCAUUUUCACCACAGGAGGAGGUCAUGAGCGAUGCAAAUGAUGCCGAUUAUUCCGCCGCAGCUGAUUCAGAGGAUGCUGGCGAGACUUCCGCCAGUAAAGAAGAAGACGAAGAGCGCCCUCGUCAGCAAGACGUUGCCACAUCCGAGGAAAUAGCCGAAGGAGAGGAUACAGAUGUAAAGGCACAGGACGAGGAGGAAGACGAAGAGGAUGAAAUGGAUCCUGAAACUAGACGGCGAAUGGAGCUCCGAGCUCGAAUGGCCAAGAUGAGUGGCGGUAUGGGCAUGGUAGGACUGUUUGGGCCCCCUGGUGGUAUGCCAGGAAUGGGAGCUCCUCCUCCUCCACGCAAGUCGAAAGCUACAUCUGAGGCUGAGAAGAAGAAUAUUGAUUCUGAGCCUACUUCGCCUGCUCCUCCGGUCCCAAUGGUUCCUCUUCCCGGCAUGAGUCUAGCUCAUAAGCCUACUCCUCCUGAAGUCGAAAAGGAGGAAGAAGAACCUUUGGCAUCGCCUAUCCAUGAACAACAUAGGGCACAGGAUGUUCCUGAUGUCGAGGAGGUUGUUCAUGAAGGCCCCCCGCCCCGCAGGUCUACCGACAGACCUCCUCCUCUUCCUCCCACUCGUGCUCCAGCUCCGCCGCUUUCUGACUCGCGACCCGCUCCUCCACCCCCGGUUCCCGCGGAGCAACCUGCUUCCCCCCACCCGUCCCCGGAGGUAUGCUUGCUAUCUAUUCAUUGGCCCCGAGAACCCUUCAAAGAACUGACUAGCCGCCCUGUCAUCCCACCGCCCAGGCCAGCAACGGGCGACCAUGGCGACGAGUCAGACGAUGAAUUAUCUCUACAUGCAAAGAAUUUGUCUUUGAGUCAGCCAGCUGGUGCUGCCCCAGCAGUGCCCGAUCCUGCAAUUCCUGAUGCCUCCGAAUCUCGCCGAUCUUCGACUUAUGAGCCUACGCCAGGAUCGGUAGCUGAGAAGCGAGCGAGCCGUCCGCCUCCUCCGAUCCCAACAAGCCCUCCGUUGCCUCCAGCCCAUGGUCGCGCCCCGCCCCCACCACCCCCUGGUGACCUUCGCCGGCGGUCAACCGCCGACAGCCGAAUGAGCGGAGUAUCGGCACCACGACAGGCGGGAGAAGACGUUGAAGGGGAGGUGACCGAGUACGACGGAGACUAUGACACCGACAUCGCAUCUGGGGCCAAACACAAGGACGCCCUGAAGGCCCAUGAGCGUGACUCUAGCCUCGAUGAGGGCCUUCUCACCGAUGAUCUUCAAUCCCCUCGUAAGCCGACCACCCCCUCCGCUUCCCCCAACUGCAGCCCCCCCGAGGGGGUACCGCCCCCUCCUCCCAGCCAGCCUCGCAGCUCCCGACCCUCAGUCGAUACACCUAGGGGACCACCCCCACCCCCUCCUCACAGGGAGUCCUCUCGCGAUGAAGAUGAAGAAUAUGACCCUUUCAACCAUGCCAUACCUCAGGCGGGCCUCCCUCACAUUUCCACUCCGAGUAGCCGACCUCAGGCUCCUCCCGUUUUGCCUCCACCGCCUGUUUCUAAGGACUUUUCAGCUGACUUUGACGACCUUUAUGACGAGUCGCCCGUGGAAGGUAAACUGAGCGAGGUUCCAUUUGCUGGAAAUGAGAAGCAAGUGCCCACGGCAGCGGCGCCUCCACCGCCACCACCCCACGCUCAAGCUCCAAUGGCAUCACCAUCGGUGGCACGAAGUGGACGACUCUCAAUGGACAUGCUGCGAGGCAGUUCAAACGUUCGGCGAUCCGUAGAUGUCACCCGCCCCUCAGUUGACUUGGGCUUUAUUGCUGCUGAUAUUGACCUCGCCGAGAAUACACUGUGGUGGGCACAGCCAAACACACCUCCCCCUGUGUUCCAGAAUCGCAAAGAUCUCCUCUUCGAGGUCGAGGAGGAGUCAUCUACGAAGCGAGGCGGGAAGACCACAAUAUCAAAGGACGUCUACGUCCUGUUUAUUGAUUACUCGCAGACAGUCAUUAGCGUGAAAUUCGAUCCCAAGAAUCCUGGUGAUGCGAGUCUUGAGCAGCGUCAUGAGCCACCUCCGCACUUGCCUCGCCAGGAUCAGCUGGAGCAAGCACAUCUCUCCAUUGGCACCCGAAUCUCUGAAGCUGUCAAUUCCGUCCAGAAUACCACUGUGGGCGAUGGAACUCCGUUUGGCCUGGUUCAGCAUCUGUUAAGCCCUCUUCCCGAUGUCCUUCUUCCCGUGGGUACCCGUGCAUAUGGCGCUGUGGUGUAUGCCAAUUUGGCGAAUGCCUCUGUGUCGCAGAAUGACGAGAUCCGCGCCGGUGACAUUGUAAGUUUCAGGAACGCUCGGUUCCAAGGCCACAAGGGCACCAUGCACCAGAAAUACAGCGCUGAGGUCGGUAAACCCGACCACGUCGGUAUCGUUGUCGACUGGGAUGGCACGAAGAAGAAGAUCCGGGCGUGGGAGCAAGGUCGUGAAAAUAAGAAGGUCAAGAUGGAGAGCUUCAAGCUUAAUGACAUGCGCAGUGGCGAGUGUAAAGUUUGGCGGCCAAUGCCUCGAAGCUGGGUUGGCUGGGAAAAGUCCAAAUAA